AAUUUUUUUUUUUUGUUUGACUGGCAAUGUUGUUUAUUACAUAGAGAAUAUUUCUUCAGAGAAACUUGAUCUGAAUUAUACAGAGAAAAAUUCCGAUGGCAACUUCGAAGCUUCAAGCUCUCUGGAAUCAUCCAGCUGGACCUAAGACAAUUCAUUUUUGGGCACCGACGUUCAAAUGGGGUAUAAGCAUUGCUAACAUUGCAGACUUUCAGAAACCUCCAGAGACACUUUCAUACCCACAACAACUUGUGAUCACAGGGACUGGACUUGUCUGGUCACGUUACAGUACCGUAAUCACUCCGAAAAACUGGAAUCUCUUUAGUGUUAGUCUUGGUAUGGCCGCGACAGGCCUGUACCAACUUACUCGUAAAAUAAAGCAUGAUUAUGUAUCUGUAGCAGAUCCUAUUGUUGCAAAAGAAUGAUCAAGAUGAAUUAUAACAACAACUCAUCUUUCUUGUCAUCUCUUGCAAAAUUCAUUCCAAGAUAUCAUCAUGUCAAGGCCUGAUUUUUGUUAUUGUUAGGACAUAAUAUAAUAUGCUGGUAGCAAUACUAUGAUUGAUUGAUUGAUUGUAUUACUAAGUCCUCUAAACUCUUUUUUCCUCUAUGUGUAUAAAGCUAUCUGCACUCAAAGCAUAGUAGCUAGUUAUUACGUAUACUUGAAGCUGGACCAGCAAAGUUAUAUAAUUCAUACUUCUGUA